AUGCCAGUGGUGAGUGAGACGGACCAGCAGAACAUCUACAUCGGUGUACCGGUGCCUCGUGGGUACAGACGGAAACGCCGGCGAAGACGUUCUGCGGGGGGCCGUGAGGCAGCAGACAAGGAGAGGGGGGACAGACACUACGACCACCAUAGACACCAUGACCAUGAUGACAGAGACAGAUACAGGGACCUAGAGGAGGGACUCAUGGACCCACAUGACCUCCAAGUUCCUCAAGACAUCAACCGCACAAUGUCCCCUGCAGCUGAGCGGCUGCGCUAUAUCCUGGGAGAGGAGGAUGACAUGCCCACCCCCACACUGUUCACUGAGAUGGACACGCUGCAGCAGGACGGGGAUGAGCUGGAGUGGAAAGAGUCUGCUAGGUGGGUGAAGUUUGAAGAGAAGGUGGAGGAGGGAGGAGAGAGGUGGAGCAAGCCCCAUGUGUCCACCCUGUCCCUGCACAGUCUGUUUGAGCUGAGGACCUGUAUACAGACCGGCACUGUGCUGCUUGAUCUGGAGGGAUACUCACUGCCACAGAUAGUUGAUGAAAUCAUUGAGCAGCAGGUAGACGAGGGCAUGCUAUCUCCUGACCUGAGAGAGAAGAUCAGCUUUGUCCUCCUGAGGAAGCACAGGCACCAGACCAAAAAGCCCAUCCACCGCUCUCUGGCUGACAUGGGCAAGGCCAGCGGUGGUGGUGCCCCCCGUAGUCCAGGUGCAGCUGCCGCAUUCAACCGCUCCACAGAAGACCUCCGCAUGAAAUCACAGCCAGGAGGCUAUGGUCGUCUGCGUCAUGCCCAAAGUAGGAGCAUGAAUGACAUUUCAGACACUCCGAGCACAGACCAGCUAAGGAAUAAGUUCAUGAAAAAGAUCCCUAGAGAUGCUGAGGCAUCUAAUGUUCUGGUGGGUGAAGUGGACUUCCUGGAUAAGCCCUUUGUAGCCUUUGUCCGCCUGGCCCAGGCCACCACUCUGGGAGGACUGACAGAGGUUCCUGUGCCCACCAGAUUCCUGUUUAUUCUGUUGGGGCCAACAGGAAAAGCCAAGUCCUAUAAUCAGAUCGGUCGAGCCAUAGCUACCCUAAUGGUGGAUGACCUGUUCAGUGAUGUGGCGUACAAGGCUAGAGAUCGAGAGGAUCUGAUUGCAGGUAUAGAUGAGUUCCUGGAUGAGGUGAUCGUGCUGCCGCCCGGAGAGUGGGACCCCAAAAUACGUAUUGAGCCUCCUAAAAAAGUGACCUCGGCUGACAAGAGGAAGUCAGUGUUCUCUCUGAAUGAGCUGGGUCAGCCGAAUGGUGCGGCCGGAGGAGGUGGAGGCCUUGCUGAAGAUGAGGAGAUGCCAGUGGCUCACGAACUGGGAGAGGAGCUGGCACACACUGGGAGGUUCUGUGGAGGUCUGUUUCUUGACAUCAAAAGAAAAAUACCCUGGUUGCUUAGUGACUUCUAUGAAGGCUUUCACAUCCAGUCUAUCUCUGCUGUGCUGUUCAUCUACCUGGGCUGCAUCACCAACGCCAUCACCUUCGGAGGCCUGCUGGGAGACGCCACAGACAACUACCAGGGAGUGAUGGAGAGUUUCCUGGGCACAGCGUUGUCAGGAACAGUAUUCUGUCUGUUUAGUGGUCAGCCCCUCAUCAUCCUCAGCUCUACUGGACCUAUCCUCAUCUUUGAGAAACUGCUCUUCGAAUUCAGCAAGAACAAUGGUAUAGACUACAUGGAGCUGCGUCUGUGGAUCGGGAUCCACUCCUGUUUGCAAUGCUUCCUCCUGGUCGCCACGGACGCCAGCUACAUCAUCAAGUACAUGACCCGCUUCACAGAGGAGGGCUUCUCCAGCCUCAUCUCCUUCAUCUUCAUCUCUGACGCCAUCAAGAAGAUGAUGGGCUCCUUCAAAUACUACCCCAUCAACACCGACUUCAAGCCAGACUACGUCACCGCCUACAAGUGCGAGUGCCUGGCCCCAGACCCCAUGCCAGUGCCAACUGAUAACACCUCUAGUCUCUUUGGAUUAAACAUCACAGGCCUGGACUGGAGCCAGCUCAGUAAGAAGGAGUGUGUGAAGUACGGAGGCUCUCUGGUGGGCAACACCUGUAAGUACGUCCCUGACCUGGCCCUCAUGUCCUUCAUCCUGUUCUUCGGGACCUACUCCAUGACCGUCUCCCUCAAGAAGUUCAAGUUCAGUCGCUACUUCCCCACCAAGCUGCGGAAGCUCAUCAGUGACUUCUCCAUCUUCAUGGCCAUUAUGACCUUUGUCGGUCUGGACAGGUUAAUUGGGCUCAAAACCCCCAAGCUCAUCGUUCCCACAGAAUUUAAGCCCACACGUCCCGACCGGGGUUGGAUUGUGCUGCCGUUUGGGAAGAACCCAUGGUGGGUGUAUUUGGCCAGCUUUGUCCCUGCUCUCCUAGUCACCAUCCUCAUCUUCAUGGACCAGCAGAUCAGUGCUGUCAUUGUCAACCGGAAGGAGAACAAACUGAGGAAAGGGUGUGGCUACCACCUGGACCUGUUCUGGGUGGGGGUGUUGAUGGCUGCCUGCUCCUUCUUGGGCCUUCCCUGGUACGUGGCCGCCACUGUCAUCUCCAUCGCCCACAUUGAUUCACUGAAGAUGGAGAGUGAGUCCAGCGCCCCUGGGGAGCAGCCUCAGUUCCUGGGUGUCAGGGAGCAGAGACUGACAGGGAUUCUGGUGUUUGUUCUCACUGGAGUCUCCAUCUUCUUGGCUCCCGUUCUACAGUUCAUACCCAUGCCAGUACUCUAUGGUGUGUUUCUCUACAUGGGCGUGGCAUCUCUCAGUGGCAUUCAGUUCUGGGAGAGGAUCAAGUUGUACAUGAUGCCGUCCAAGUACCAGCCAGACUUCCCUUUCCUGCGUCACGUGCCUCUGAGGAGGGUCCACCUCUUCACCCUGGUCCAGAUCAUCUGUCUGGCUGUCCUUUGGGUGCUCAAGUCCACCGUCCUGGCCAUCCUCUUCCCUGUCAUGAUCCUGGGGUUGCUGGUGGUGCGUAAGAUGCUGGACAUGGUGUUCUCUCAACACGACCUCGCCUGGAUAGAUGAUAUCCUGCCUGGGAAAGACAAGAAGAAGAAGGGUGAUAAAGAUGACACAAAGAAGAAAGACAAGAAGAAAGGGAGAUCAGACGACAGUGAAGACGAGGAGAAGUACCACGCGUACUCCAACUGCUCGCCCAGCUCUGAGUCUGACGUGGACCGCAGCAUCACCUUGCAUCUGAAGAUCUCCUGCCCAUCGUCCCCGGCGGUGCCUAUGGCCCACGGCCGUGGCAUGGCCUUCCCCGUGCCCCAGGUGAAGAUCGAGAUGGAGUCGGACUACGACACAGACACUGACCACCCCCGCCACAGGGACAUGAGCAGCGAAACAACGCUGUAGGCACUGACUACAGUGUGACAGAGCAGUGGCAUACGUGGGUCGAACGCGAACGCUCUACAGUACAUAGCUUUAGAGCGCUGACCCACUCACACAUUAUGACUCUUCUAGAAUGCCUGCAGAGGACAGUGCAAGGUGUCAUGGACUAAACAGCUGACAGCAUAUGACACCUAAUGUAAAGAAAUUAGAUGCUGGGAAUACAUGUACAUGGAAUAACUUAGCUUGAAUGUACAGUAGAUUUAUACUUGAUCUGAUUCCUCAUAUAGCUGUCCAUUUUGAUGUGUCCAAAGUCCAAGCAACAGCUUCUGCUUUUAACCUAGGAGGCUCUUUGCUGUCGUAAAUUGUCAUGGAUAUCUCUGUUGAGAACAUGUUGACUGUAUAAUCUUCAGGACACGCGUAGCUUUAGAAACAACGUAGAGGGAUAUAGGAGAAAGGUGGAGUGAAGGAUCUCCUCUGUAUGUGCUGUAUAUAAGAAUAUAUUUUAUGUCAAGAUAUUUCUAUAAAUAUAUAGAGUACCAGUCAAAUGUUUGGACACACCUACUCAUUCAAGGGUUUUUCUUUAUUUGUACUAUUUUCUACAUUGUAGAAUACUAAAGACAUCAAAACUAUGAAAUAACACAUGUGAAAUCAUGUAGUAACCAAAAAAGUGUUAAACAAAUCUAAUUAUAUUUUACAUUUUAGAUUAUUCAAGUAGCCACCCUUUGCCUUGAUUACAUCUUUGCCUAAUCUUGGCAUUCUCUCAACCAGCUUCAACCAGCUUCCAGGUAGUCACUUGGAAUGCAUUUAAAUUAACAGGUAUGCCUUGUUAAAUGUUAAUUUGUGGAAUUUAAUUCCUUAUUAAUGUGUUUGAGACAAUCAGUUGUGUUGUGACAAGGUAGGGGUGGUAUACAGAAAAUAGCCCUGUUUGAUAAAACAGUCCAUCAUUACUUUAAGACAUGAAGGUCAGUCAGUCCUGAAAAUGUCAAGAAAUUUUAAAGAUCUUCAAGUGCAGUCGCAAAAACCAUCUAGCACUAUGAUGAAACUGGCUCUCAUGAGGACCGCCAUAGGAAAGGAAGACCCAGGGUUACCUCUGCUGCAGAUGAUAAGUUCAUUAGAGUUAACUGCACCUCUGAUUGCAGUCCAAAUGAAUGCUUCACAGAGCUCAAGUAACAGACACAUCUCAACAUCAACUGUUCAGAGGAGACUGUGUUAAAUCAGGCCUUCAUGGUUGAAUUGUUGCAUAGAAACCACUAUUAAUGGACACCAAUAAGAAGAAGAGACUUGAUUGGGCCAAGAAACACAAUCAAUGAACUUUAGACCGGUGGAAAUCUGUCCUUAAGUCUGAUGAAUCCAAAUGUGUGUCUUUGUGAGACGCAGAGUAGGUGAACGGAUGAUCUCUGCAUGUGUGGUUCCCACCGUGAAGGAGGAGGUGUGAUGAUGUGGGGUGCUUUGCUGGUGACACUGUCUGUGAUGUACUUAGAAUUCAAGGUAGACUUAACCAGCAUGGCUACCACAGCAUUCUGCAGUGAUACGCCAUCCCAUCUGGUUUGUGCUUAGUGGGACUAUUGUUUGUUUUUCAACAGGACAAUCAAUGUUUAACACUUUUUUGGUUACUGCAUGAUUCCAUAUGUGUUUUCAUCAUUUUGAUGUCUUCACUAUUAUUCUACAAUGUAUAAAAUGAGUAGGUGUUUCCAAACUUUGACUGGUACUGUAUAUAUAAUAUUUUUUUCUGUUUGUUCAUACAGAAAGUUACACUGAGUGUACAAAACAUUAGGAAUGCUUUCCUGAUAUUGAGUUGCUGUCACGGUUUUCAUGUGGUGAAGGAGAGUCGGACCAAAUUGCAGCGCGUAUAUUGUGAUCCAUGUUUAUUUACACAACGUAACACGAAUCCAAAACACAAACUCUACAAAACAAUAAACGUAGUGAAAACCAAAACAGCCUUAACUGGUGCAAACUAACACAGACUAAGGACAUCAAGACACUCAGGACAAUCACCCAUGACAAACUCAAAGAAUAUGGCUGCCUAAAUAUGGUUCCCAAUCAGAGACAACGAUAAGCACCUGCCUCUGAUUGAGAACCACUCCAGACAGCCAUAGACUUUGCUAGAUAACCCCACUAGCUACAAUCCCAAAUACAUACACACCAAAACCCCAAGACAAAACACACCACAAUACAAAAACUCCAUGCCACACCCUGGCCUGACCCAAUACAUGAAGAAAAACACAAAAUACUUAGACCAGGGCGUGACAGUUGCACCCCCUUUUGCCCUCAGAAUAGCUUCAAUACGUUGGGGCAUG